UGUUGUUUGUCCCCUCAGGCCUAAAUUGAAGUGGGGUCUUCUGCUGUUUACAACCGAAUAUGGCCGACACUGUCCGGCACCCAGAUGAGGCAGAUAAUUCUAAUUCACAAUUCCCUUAUUCCUCGGAACAGUUACCAGAUGAAUACGGCGAUGAUGGAAAAAUCGACCAAGACAUCACCGGUAAUGGAGAAAUGUACGAAAUCGAAAAUGAAGAUCACAUUGCCAUAGACAGAAAUGACGGAAAUACGGAAUACGCUGGAGAAGGCUAUGAUCCAGAAGAAGCUGCAGAGACUAAUGAAGAAAAGGAUGAGAGACAAGAUGAAGAUCAAGACAAUGAUGACGAUGAGGAUGAUGAAAGUGAUGAUGACGUACAAAUCACGAUUGGUGACAUAAAAUCUGGCCCAGCAGCUUAUGCUGGUUUUAAUGUCAAAAGAGGAACAGCUGGAACAACGGCACAAGGAUUGGGGGAAAAGAGCAAAUUCACUGUGGAAGAGUUCGAAGGCUCAAUGGCGAUUAACGGUGUACCAGCACAUGAAUUUAGUUUGGAUUCGCUGGAAGAUAAACCUUGGAGGAAGCCUGGUGCUGAUAUCACUGAUUAUUUUAAUUACGGUUUCAAUGAAAUAACGUGGCAAGCAUAUUGUGAGAGACAAAGGCGAUCCCGUAUGGAGUCUGGGGCUGGUGUUCCGGCUAGCCUUGGAUUAGGACCCCCACCCAAGAUGAUGGCGACCCCGGCCCAAGCGAUUCCGAUAUCAGUGGUUAACGAAAAUUCAAAAUAUGCGGGGUCAGUGGUUGUGAAAAAAGCAGGCCCUCCGCCAGCACGCAAAAUGGCUGGUGCCAUUGAUGUCAUUGGUGGAGGGAAUCUAUCUUCACGCCGUCCAGAAUCAGGCGUUUCACCUGCUCCUUCUAUGGAGGAGCAACCUCCCGAAGUGCCUGAAGCUCCUGUGGAGAAACCUCCCGUAUCGAUCGAUUUCUCACGUCCUCCUCCUGGUUUUCCAAAUAUGGCCCUACCUCCUCCAUUUGGUAUGCCGCCACCAGUAAUUCCACCACCAAUGAUGUUACCACCACCACCUAUAGUACCUGAUCCCUAUGCCAAUGAGUUCAUGGCUGGCCCAGGAGCUCCUGGCGACGAUUAUUACCAAUACGAACCUACUCAGGAUUCACAGUGGGGAUCUUCGGACUGGAGAGGACCACCACCUAUGGGAAUACCACUACCAAUGGGAAUGAACCCACCGGGAAAGCAAAGAAGAGAGAGCCUAGGGACCCCUCCUGUUCCUGGAGAAGAAUCUCGGAUAAGCAGCAGCAGUCGAAGGCGCCGUAGCUCGCGCAGUCGCUCCCCUAAAGACGACCGAGAAAAAGAAAAAGAAGUGGAAAAGGACCGAGGCAAAGACAGAGAAAGGGAUCGUGACCGCGAUAGAGACCGAGAUCGCGACAAACGGGAUCGACGCUCGGAUAAGGACAAAGAGCGUGUAAGUGGCCGUGACCGGGAAAGAGAUCGUGAUCGUGACCGAGGAGAAAGAGACCGUAGUGAUCGUAGACGUCGUCACAGAGGCAGUAAAAGUCGGAGUCGGAGUCCCACUUCUCAUAAGCGUUCCUCCAAGCGCUCAAAGAGGGACAGAAGUAAAAGCAAAAGCUCGUCUGAUUAGUUUUCGAUACUCCGAUUUCACUCCCUGCCUUUGUUAAAUUUUGCGCAAUUGGCCCAAUUUAAAAAAAUACACUCCUUUUUUCAUUUA